CCGCAGCCUCUAUAUAAAUAAUGUUCAGUGCUGACACAAUUGAUUAGUUGUGGAGUGCAUUGGGUUAACUUAUGCAGCCGAACGAGUCAAGCUAAGGCAAAAUGAAGGCGUUCGUCUUAUUGUUGGUAAUCGGUCUAUUCGCAGUACCAGGAUCAUCGCAGCCACUGAAUAAAGGACAAGCCGGUGCUGCAGGACCUGGAAUAAAGUCUAAAUGUUUCAUCCUCCUUGCGACAGCGGCCCCAGCAGCUACUCAGCAACCACAAUAUCAACUUGUAGUAACGAAUGGAGGAAACGGUGGAACUGGAGGGGGGGACUACUACUAUUACUAUACAGCCCCUGCCAAUGGGAACCGACGACGGCUAGGUCGCCUUCGUCGCAGACGUGGUCGAGGUCGAAAGCUUAUUUUAAGGCAAGCCGGUACUGGUAGAAGGCUUAGAAAUGGCAAGCGUGGGCGGCGAAUACGCCUCAGGGCUGCCGGAAAGUAGGCCGAUAAAAUAUGUGUAGUUAACAUUGAACUUUGCAUUCUGAUUUGCUUUUGCUAGAAUGAAUUUACUUGUUCAUAGCCACUGACAAAUAUAAAACACAAUCUGUUAGUCAUCUUUAAACGAUUUGCCAGCACUUAUAAAUAAAUUAAAUUAAUAUAAAG